GAUGCCGCCCGUUGCUGACCCAGAGGACAGGGCUGGAGAGGCCUUGCAGGCCUAGGCCAGCCACAGAGCCUGAGUGUGCCCUGAGUAAACCCAGUACCCUCUGCACAGUCGCUUACCAAUUAAGAUGGAGGAUAUCUCGUUGGGCAACCUGGAUACUAAAAAGCUGGAGGAUCUCGCCCAGGAGAUCUGUGUAGACCUGAUAGAAGAUUCCUGCCUGGGAUUCUGCUUUGAGGUGUACCGGGCAGUCAAAUGUGGCUACUUCUACCAGGAGUUUGCAGACACUGGUGGCGUGAAGGAUUUUGGCAUUCAGCCAGGGAAAGGCAAAGGAGCAUGUGGCCUCCGUCUCUGCCUGCUUCCUGGAGAACCUGAGGAUGGGCCCCAAUUGGAGCUGCAGCGUUCACCUCCGGAAUUCCAGUAGUCACCACAUGAGAGAGGGCAACAGUGACCAGGACAAUAAUACAGACUGGUUCUGUGGCUUGGAGGAAUAAGCUAAGUUGGAGAGAAAAUAAAUAAAGGAAAAGCAAACAAAACUCCCACU